AUGGCGAGCAGUAAUCUGAGUAGCAUGCCAGCCAGCUCUAUUGACUCAACGACCCGAAAAAAAUUGUAUGCUGACCCACGAGCCCGAAUAUUGGAAAUUGAAGACGAGCUAUCCGACGAUUCUCAGUCAAAUAGUAUUGGAGACUACUUCACUAAAGAGCCAUCCCUUUCAAUUGCAUCUUCCACCGUCACUUCUUUCCAAGCAUUAGUUUCCCAAGAUUUCAAUUCACCUUUUGCAAUGAGUCCAAAUAUAAGUUACAAUAAUGAAAAUAAUUUUUCAAACAUGGCAGUUAACGUUUAUCCGAACCAACUAGAAGCGUUUCAGUCAAUGGAGAUUGAGAUAGAAACGUUAAACGAAGAGUUGAGCGAAAAAGCGAUGAUCAUUAAAAGACUUUUAGACGAGAAUUAUCAGAUAAAAGAGCAGAAAGAAGAAAGCUAUUAUAGCGAGAUCUCUGAGAUGCGAGAGAAAAUUGAAUAUCUCCAGCAGAAACUUUCUAAGGCUGAAAAAACAAUAAGCUCUCUUAAUACAAAACUUGAUGAAGUAUUCAAUGAAAAUGAUGAAAUCCAAGAUAGGGCACAGAAUCUAGAAGAGCGAGUUAUAACUCAAGAAAACGAAAUAGAGAGCCUGAAUAGAACUAUCUCGCAGAAAGAAAAAAUUAUAUCGAGCCUGCAAAAACAAAUUGAAGGACAUAUAGAAGAUUCAACCCAUGAAAAACACCAAAGUUUGAAAGAGCUUGAAAUUAAAAACUUCCAGCUCCAAAACUUAAUAAACAAGCAAGAAAUCACAAUUUCAUCAUUGCGCCAUGAAAUUGAAGCCAAAAUUGAUGACAGCAAAUCCAAGCAGGCAAUUUCCCAAUCCUCAAUUUUGAAGCUUGAAACCGAAAAUAAAGAGUUACAAUCUUUGAUAAACGCAUUGGAAUCUCAGCUUAAAGAAGAACACACAAAACACGAAGAACUUGAAAGAGAAGCUUCUCUAUCAAUUUCUUCAAUCAAAGAAGAAAUGGCGUCAAGGAUUUUCACACUGAAAAAGGAAAAGCAAGAGCUUGAGCAGAAGAUUGAGGACUUGGAAGAACCCUGCAACACACUUGAAGACACUUUUGAGUCAUUGCAGAGUGAAUUCAGCGAGCUUGGAGAAAAAACAUUGACUCCAAGAGAAAAUUUCUGCUUCAAUUUUGUUGAAAAAGAAGCGAAUAUUGCAAUUUUGACACAAGAAAAAAUAGCGCUGCAGGAACAAAUUAAAGGCUUGGAGGACUCUUUGAGCUGGUAUAAGGCAAGGUUUGAAGAAAGUAAACUGGUAGAUAAUAACAUGCUAAGGCAAGAGCUCAGUGAUGCUGAAAAGCUAAUUAUUGAAGCAAAACUGAAAUACGCAGAAGCAGAAACUCACAAGGAUGAGCUAAAGAAAAAACUUAAUGACGCUAAAAAGAGAAGCUCCAAGUCAGUUUUGUCUAGAAUAUUUAGAAGGAAAAAUAGAGAUAGUGUUGAUAGGAAGGUAAAAAUGAGUAGCUGCAGCCAAUAA